CGGGGCAGACCACCUCCAAAUCGACGCGUCCCUCGUGGGAGGCAACACUGCUCAUCCUCUCAGCCCGACCCGGCUCGCUCAAAGCCAAACCCGAUUCCCCUUCCGCCUCCCACCGGCACCGCUUACCCCGCCGCCGCCGCCGCGUUGGCAGCGGCGAUGGCGUCGUCGUCGACGCGCCCCCUUCUCCGCCGCCUAGCGGCGCUGGCCGGUGGCCGCGUCCGCGCCAACCACCGGCUGCUCUCCUCCUCUCCCUCGGCUGUCUCCGCGGAGCGGGCGUCGCAGUCGCCAGCGGAGCCGGAGGCCGUGCGCAUGACGGAGGGUUGCGUCCGGAGAUUAAAACAAUUACAUGGUAAGGAACCAUCUGCUGAAGGUAAGAUGCUGCGGUUAAGCGUUGAAGCUGGUGGAUGUUCUGGGUUCCAGUAUUCUUUCUCUCUCGAUGACAAGAAAAACCCAGAUGACAGGGUCUUUGAGACUGAUGGUGUUAAAUUGGUUGUGGAUGACAUCUCGUAUGACUUUGUGAAAGGCGCCACUGUGGAUUAUGAGGAGGAACUUAUACGUUCAGCAUUUGUGGUCUCUACAAAUCCUAGUGCUGUUGGGGGCUGCAGCUGCAAGAGUUCUUUCAUGGUCAAAUAGCUUCAACUUUGUUAGCUUGAAGAGAGGGGUAGCCGGAAAUAGUAUUUUGUAGUGAAAUAUACCUUUUAGAUACAGAGUGCACACUUCAUUUUUGGUAGUCCUGAUGAUGUUUCUUUAUGGUUUUUUAUUGCUGUUAGAUAUAUCAUCACAAACAGCCUGAUCCUAUUUGUACCGCUCUACCUUGAUCACUAGAUGACACAUUUAUGUACAUGUAAUCAUUUGGCUUUUCCCUUUUUCUAUGUUGCUUUCUUACAAAAUGCUAAAUAAGACGAACAGUUUUGUUGUACUCAUGACUGAAUAUAUUCAACUUUUGAGUAUCAAUCUUCAGUAAUUCUUUCUAUA